CUCCUUUGUGCUUCGAGAGAGAGAGAGAGAGAGAGAGGUUUUUUUUUUAUUGGAUUAGAUAUGGAAGGACGUUCGUACAACUCCCUCUUGUUGCUGUUUUCUCUGCUUUUUUUACUCACAUUCUCUAGUGUUGCUGAGGCCGCUUACAGUACUGCAAAGCUUAGUCCUUCAGAUUGCAAACCAAAGUGCACCUAUCGUUGCUCGGCAACAUCUCACAAGAAGCCAUGCAUGUUCUUCUGCCUAAAGUGCUGCUCCAAGUGCCUGUGUGUUCCUCCUGGCACUUAUGGCAACAAGGAAGUCUGCCCUUGCUACAACAACUGGAAGACCCAGCAAGGAGGACCCAAAUGCCCUUAAAAUUCUUUCCACAUUUCUAAUAAUAAGCCUGUGCUCCAUGUUAUGCUGCUGUGUAGCAUUAAUGGCAGCAAUUUCCUAUCUAGACACUUCUAUGCGCAGUUUUUCAUUAGGCCCACAUGAUCAAUGUUCUUCUUAUUUCCCUUCAUCCCUUGUGAAGGGAGACUUCCUAUAUAGAUGGGAUUAUAUUCAUCACUUUUUCUAUAUGCAUUCAACUCCUUAAAAACAAUGAGAU